AACUCGCACGCGAUUGGCUGUCAGUUCAAAAUGUUGGUUAUUGCAGGCGAUGCUGUGCUGAUGUUGUGACGUUAAAGAUUUUCUAACAGUAUACGUUAAACAAUCGCGUUCCAGGCGCGUUUAGUUGAUAUCUUCCUCAAAAUUCGUUGAAUAUGGCUGCUGUAAGUUCUAAAUCAAAUGUCGAAAAUUUAUCACCACAAAUUAUCCGGCGGGUGGCCAAGGAAAUGAGUGAAUUGGCUGCACAAUCACCCGAGGGUAUUCGUGUUAUUUUGAACGAGGAGGAUGUUACGGACAUUCAAGCAAUUAUUGAAGGACCCUCUGGGACACCAUAUGCGGGUGGUUUCUUCAGAGUAAAGUUAGCUCUUGGUAAAGAUUUUCCCCAAGGACCACCGAAGGCAUUUUUCCUUACAAAGAUUUUUCACCCAAAUGUUGCGAAAAAUGGUGAAAUAUGUGUUAAUACGUUAAAAAAAGAUUGGAAAUCGGAUCUCGGAAUUAAACAUAUAUUAUUGACCAUAAAGUGUCUCUUAAUAGUGCCAAAUGCAGAAUCUGCUUUAAAUGAAGAAGCAGGUAAAUUACUUUUAGAAAGGUACGAUGAUUACUCCGAGCGAGCAAAAAUGAUGACAGAGAUACAUGCACAGGGAGGUGGAAAAGGCAGCAAAGCAGGUCUGGAAAGUUGUGCUUCCUCUGAAGUCGGAGGACCACUCCCGAAAAAGCAUGCAGGAGAUAAAAAACUAUCAGCGGAAAAGAAAAAAAUGUUAAAAGAUAAGAAAAGGACACUGAAAAGAUUAUAAGAGAGAUCAACGUCAUUCGUCUAUCUUUUAUAAUUUAA